AUGGUCGACCCUCAAACCUCCUCACCCACGUCGUCUCUCGCCAAAGAAAAGGUCGAGAUUGGAGUGGAAGAUAAGGUAGAAUGUGUGGAGAAUCAGGAUGCACGGAGGGCAAUGGAGAAGCGGCUGGUGCGCAAGGUGGAUCUGAGGAUGAGCAUACUCGUUUUGAUAUACAUCAUGAACUACAUCGAUAGAAACAACGCUUCAGCCGCAAGGCUGGCCACGUUCGAGGAAGAUCUUGGACUUGUUGGAAGCCAGUUUCCCGCCGUCAUCGCUAUCUUUCUUGUCGGCUUUAUCCUAAUGCAAGUCCCCUCCAAUAUGCUUCUCAAUCACAUCAAGCGGCCAUCCCUCUAUCUCCCUAGCGCGGUGUUUUUGUGGGGGCUGGUAUCAUGCCUUACUGGGGUCACGACCAAUUUCGUGGGGGUAUUAGUUUGUCGAUUCUUCCUAGGGUUCAUCGAGGCCGCCUUCUUCCCCGGAGCUUUGCUUCUUAUGUCGCGGUGGUAUAAACGAGAUGAACUUGGACUUCGAACAUCGAUCUUGUACUGCGGUCUUCUUAUAAGCGUGGCCUUCGGAAAUCUCAUAGCCUCGGGUAUUCUGACAAGGAUGCACGGAGUGUUGGGACAUGCCUCCUGGAGAUGGCUAUACUUCAUCGAAGGUGCCAUCACCUGCGUCGUUGCCCUCGCUGCCAUGUUUAUCCUCCCCGACUUUCCCGAAAUAUCGAAGAGCUGGUUGACGCCAGAAGAGCAGAAACUCGCUCUUGAUCGUAUUCGCGAAGACUACGGUAUAGACGAGAACAUGACGGAGGUGAACCAAAUCGAAGGAUUGAAGCUGGCGGUGAAGGAUUGGAAGGUGUGGUGGCUCACUCUUGCGUACACCUUCAUCGUCCUCUCGGUCUCGUAUGUCCUUUAUUUGCCCACGCUGGCAGCAACGCUAGGAUACAGCCAUACGAUUUCGCUUCUUCUUUGCGCGCCGCCGUCGAUGCUCGUUGCGGUUACGGCUUUCUUCCAUGGGAGGCACUCGGACAAGACCCAAGAACGGUGCUGGCACGUUUCAGUCCCGAUGUUCGUGGCCAUUGUAGGCCAUAUAAUCGUCAUCUCGACCAUGAACACGGCCGCUCGAUAUUUCGGCUUCUUCUUGGUCGGACAAAGUCCCGCAGGUCUUGUAUGCUUCGUCGCGUGGAUGAACUCUUCAUUCCCAGAGUCGCCUGCGAAGCGAGCGGUAGCCUUGGGCAUUGCAAAUUCUAUUUCCCAAAUCGGUGGGAUAGCAGGGUCAUUCAUCUAUCCGGACUCCUGGGGUCCUGCCUAUCGUCCGUCCUUCGCCAUAAACAUUGUGGCCUCAGCUGCCGUGGUGCUCUGCGCGUUUGUAUAUAGGUGGCAUCUUUCAGGACUCAAUAAGCAGGCUGCAGCGGAGGAGGUAGCUAGAGGACAGAAUGUGCCGGGAUUCAGAUAUACCCUGUAG